AUGCAUUCAGAAUUCGCUGGAACGCUGCUUGGAUUCGAUGACUACGUUAACAUGGUCUUGGAGGACGUGACUGAGUUCGAUUACUCCGGCUCUCAAGUGAAGCUCCCCAAGAUUCUGUUGAAUGGAAACAACGUCUGCAUGUUGAUCCCCGGUGGUGAGGGACCCGUCGGUAGCUCUUAG